AAUCAGGUGCUGUUUUCACAUUUGGAAGAAGCAAAUUUGCAAAAGAUACUCCUAGCAAGUUCUGGUUCAAAAACGAUAAGCCUGUACAUAUGUCAUGUGGAGAUGAACAUACUGCUAUUGUUACAGAGAAUGGUAAACUAUACAUGUUCGGCAGUAACAACUGGGGCCAAUUAGGACUAGGAUCAAAGAAAACUGUCAACAAACCAACAUGUGUUAAAGCUUUAAAACCAGAAAAAACAAAACUUGCUGUUUGUGGAAGAAACCACACUUUAGUUUACACAGAAAAAGGAAAUGUGUAUGCUGCUGGAGGUAACAGUGAAGGUCAGUUGGGAUUAGGUGACACAGAGGAAAGGACCACAUUUCAUUUAAUUAGCUUUUUUACUAACCAGCACAAGAUCAAACAGCUAGCAGCUGGAUCAUACACCUCAGCAGCAGUAACUGAGGAUGGGCAGCUUUUUGUGUGGGGUGACAAUUCGGAAGGUCAGAUUGGCUUGGCUAAUGAAGCCUCUGUCAAUGUCCCUUGUCAAGUGGAUGUUGGAAAACCUGUUUCCUCUGUAUCCUGUGGAUAUUAUCACUCUGCCUUGAUAACGGGAGAUGGUGAGCUCUAUACUUUUGGAGAACCUGAGAAUGGGAAAUUGGGAUUAUUGCCUGGACAGCUGAAGAACAAUAGAGUCCCCCAGCCUGUACUGGGAAUUAUGGGAAAAGUUAAUAAGGUUGCUUGUGGUGGAGAACACACAGUGGUGCUAACAGACACAGAUGUGUAUACUUUUGGACUUGGACAAGAUGGGCAGCUGGGACAUGGUACUUUUAUUUUUGAAACUCCAGUACCAAAGUCUGUGAAACACUUGAACAGGCAUAAAAUAUGUAACAUUACAUGCGGGGAAAGUCAUACUGCUGCAAUUGCAGAGAACGGUCUCAUGUUUACUUUUGGAAAUGGGCGACAUGGCAAGUUAGGACUUGGAGACGAGAAUUUUACAAAUCAGUUUGAUCCCACUCCGUGUUAUAAUUUCUUGAGGUUCACAGUCCUUUUGGUUGCUUGUGGUGGUUGUCACAUGCUAGUUUUUGCUGCUCCAAGACCUAAAGCAUCUGAAGAAAUACUCUUGGAAGAUUUAGAUGAGAGCCGUUUGACUGCUACCAUCUCUAAAAUGAGUGGAGAUUCACUCCUAACAAACACCUUAGAACUAACAUCAGCACGAAUCCGACGUCAAGAGAGGGAAAAGUCACCAGAACGGUUUAUUCAAAUUGCACAAAAUCUGCCUCCAAUGGGAGAAAGCUGCUUAGAAUCUUCAUUCCCUGUGACUAGCAAUGCUAGCCCAGUCUGUUUGUCUGCAGCAAGUCUUCCUAAAUCUGAACCUAUGAAGGAUAGAGACCAUGAAAAAGAAAAGAAUAAUCAAAAUUAUAAACGUGGUGAAGACUCUUCAGAAGAUUCAGACAAUGAAAAUAAUGAUCGAAACCUUGGAGAUACAACUGACAUCCUAAAUAUGACACAUGUGAUGAAGUUGAAUCCCAGUGACCGGGCCUUAGAAUUAUCACCACUCCAAAAGCAAAAGAAAGUAGUAAUGAUCUUGCAAAAUAUGUACUUAAGAGCAGGGAAGAAGAGGACUGCUACGAAGGGAAAGUUGAAGGCAAUGAAAGCAAUAGAAAAAGUGAAAGAUUUAGACUUAGAAAAAGAAGAUAGUGAGAUUGAGGAGAUGCAAGCUACAAACAAUGAGAAAGAACAUGUAGAGGAGGCUGAUAUAAAAAGCCUUAAUGAGGAAGAAACUAACUCUGAAGCUAAAUCUGAUGAAGACAGGCAGUUAGAAAUUAAGGAGAAGGAAUCUAAUGAAGAGCAGGAGAGUGAAGGCAGUGAAAAGUGUGAAAGUGAAAAAGAAAAACUAGAUGAAAGGGUUGACAGUGAAGGUGAACUAGAGGAGGAAGAAGAGAGUGAGGAAAAGGAGAAUAUGGAGGAGGAAGAGUAUGAAAAAGAGGAAGACCCUGAAAAAGAAAAGGAGGAACAGGUUGAAAGUGAGGGAGGAGAUGAGAGUGAGGAAGGAGGUGAAGACAGAGAGGAGAAGGAAGAAAAAGAGGUGGAGGCAGAAGAAGAAGGAGAAGAAGAAAAGGAAGAUGAAGAAGAGAACAAAGAAAGGGAGAAUGAAAAAGACAAAGAGGGUGAAGAGGAAGAGUUAGAAGAAUCAUUGGCAGGGGGGGAAGAAGAGGUAUCUGAAGAAGAGGAAGAUGCAAAUAGGAGGACUAAGGAGGUAUGGGAGGAUGGAAUGGAAGAAGAAGGAGAAGGGGUGGGGGAUGAAGUGAAAGUGGAAAGAGAAGAUGAGGAAGAGGAGGGACCAGAGGCAGAAGCAGAAGGGGAGGAGGGGGAAGAAGAUGAGAACAGGGAAGAAGAAGAGUGGGAAAAUGAAGAAGAGAAAAGGGAAGAAGAGGAAGGAGAAGAAGAUGAUGAAGAGGGAGAAGGGGUGGAAGAAGAUGAGGAAGUAGGGGAGGAAGAAGAGAGAGAAGAGGGAGUUGAAGAUGAGGGACAAGAAGGAGUGGAAGAAGAAGAGAGAGAGGAGGAAGAGGGAGGGAAGGAAGAAGAAGGGGAAGAGGGAGGAGAAGAACCAGGGGAAGAAGGAGAGGAGGAAGAAGAAGGGGAAGAUGGAGAAGAAGAAAAAGGGGAAGAGGGAGAGGAGGAAGAGGGAGGGGAGGAAGAAGAAGGGGAAGAGGGAGAAGAAGAACACGGGGAAGAGGGAGAGGAGGAAGAAGAAGAGAAAGGGGAAGAGGGAGAGGAGGAAGAAGAAGGGGAAGACAGAGAAGAAGAAAAAGGGGAAGAGGGAGAGGAGGAAGAAGAAGGGGAAGAGGGAGAAGAAAAAGGGGAAGAGGGAGAGGAGGAGGAAGAAGAGGGAGAAGAAAAAGGGGAAGAGGGAGAGGAGGAAGAAGAAGGGGAAGAGGGAGAAGAAGAAAAAGGGGAAGAGGGAGAGGAGGAACAAGAAGGGGAAGAGGGAGAAGAGGAGGAAGGGGAUGCAGGAGAGGAGGAAGCAGAGGAUGAGGGAAAGGAGGAAGAAGGAGAGGAAGAGGAAAAAGCAAAAGGUAAAAGA